AUGGAGCGCACGUUUUGCUCUGUGCAACCGCAAUUUUCUCUUCAAGCUCCGGCUGCUACAUCUCCCGUACGACACCAUCGGCCAUCAGUGUCCGGCCAGUCCGUAGAUUCGGCUCAUUAUAGAAAGUUUCUCAGCGAUCGAAGAAAAAGCUACAGAAAUCGCAGUUUGGGUGCCACGAUUGCCUCAGCUCCAUCGGUAGAGCAAGAAGACUACCGUACACCAAAGCCGUCGUUCGAUAAAAAUGGUGGCAAAAGUUUCGAUUGUUGCGGACCAACCGGUUCACUUGCUUCCGAUUCAAACGGACUUGUGAAG